AUGCUGAAAGUGUCUUUCGUUUUCUUCGUUCUUCUCAUUAUUGUCUCAUCGUCAUUCGCUAAUUCCUCGGGUCCCAUACGGUCCCCAACUUCGGUCCAAAAAGCAUGUGCUCGGAGAGUUGUGAUGUACGUAAUCGCCGUCUGCGGUGAGACAUGCAAGAAUCAAAACGGGUUGGAGGCCCUCGAAUCAGCAGGGUGCUGCAAUUCUUUCUGUCCGGACGACUUAUAUCGAUUGAAAUGUUGUCCGAACAAUCUGGAAUGA